UUCACCAUACCUUCGUGGUUGUUACUUUCAUCGACAUACUACUCUGCAAGAUCCACCUUCAGGAAGCUCUACCAGAUACCAUAGAGCAAAGCCAGCAUGGAAGACAGCAUCCAGUACCUACUCAGCCUCGAAGCCGUCCGCGACCGAGCCCGUGUUGUCUUGAGCCUAGCCGAGCAAGACAAACUCCAUCACUAUGACUACCAUCCCGACCGAUUGGACGCGACCGUCGACUAUGUUGUGAAUAUCAUCAAGCGUGACUUUGGCCCCGACCGAUACAAUCAGAUCCCUCCCCACGGUCGCUGGCAGCAUUUCGAAGUCGGCGGCGUGCCUCGACUGCAACAGCUGCUGGAGCGUUGGGAGAAAGCAGGUUAUGACGAUAAGGAAAGGGUGCGGAGUCUCUUGGAUCUGUUCUUCGUCUCCGUGCUCCUCGACGCCGGAGCCGGCGAUACCUGGCGGUUUGUGGAACCUGAUACGGGCAAUGUGUAUAACCGGAGUGAGGGGAUUGCGGUCGCUUCGCUGUAUAUGUUCUUGAACGGGGAUUUCGCGAAGAAGGACUCGGACAGGAAGGAUGUGGUGCAUGGCGAGGCCCUGAGAAGCUUGACAGUGGAGGUGUUGGCUCAGGGGUUUCAAGUUGAUAAGACGAGGAAUCCGCUUGUUGGAGCCGGUGCACGCGUCGAGAUUCUCCAGAGACUUGGGCAGUCUGUGACCAGUCUGUCUGAGAUAUUUGGACCCUCCGGGCGCCCCGGGCACCUUCUUGAUUAUCUUCUUUCUUCGGGCGCCGAACAUCUGGACUACAAACAGCUCUGGACUGUGUUGCAACAAACAUUGAUUCCGAUCUGGCCCGCCGACCGAACCCGCGUCCGUGGCAAUCCCAUCGGCGAUGCAUGGCCUCUGCCCGUGCUAUCGGAGACCUCGCAGACCUCAACGACGGACCCAGACACCGCCACCAUCCAGCCCUUCCACAAGCUGACGCAGUGGCUGGCUUACUCCCUCAAGGUCCCAUUUGAGCGCAUCCUGAAGAUCACCUGGAAGAACGCGGAGCUGGGCACCGGACUGCCCGAGUAUCGCAACGGGGGGUUGUUCGUCGACAUGGGUGUCUUGACGCUCAAGCCAGAGGCGCUGGAGCGGGGGUUGAGCAUCUCCAAGUCCAGUCUGCCGUGCUUUGCGGUGGGCGAUGCAGAGAUUGUCGAAUGGCGAGCCAUGACAGUUGCGCUUCUGGACGAGUUGCAUACGCGGAUUCUUCGCAGCGGGAAGUUGGGGGAUGUGAGCUUGACCUUGCCUCAACUGCUGGAGGCGGGCUCGUGGAAAGCGGGCCGAGAGUUGGCGGCCGAGAAGCGCCCGCACACUAAGUCCAGCCCUAUCUUAAACUCGGGCGAUGGGACGCUGUUUUAGGGGUAGGCAGAUGAAGUGGAAAAGAAGGAUUUCGAAUCCAGAUUAGGCUCGCAGCUCUGACGACCUUAAUACCACUCCCGAUUAUAGAUCGCGUGCUCCUAG